AUGGACUCCACUGCUUUUUGGGUCUGGGUUGAUGCGUUUCGGCGGUUAUUACAAGUUCCUCUGUGUCUGUUCAUAGCGUUGAUGUUCCCAAAGAUUUUCUAUUCGUCGUUCCUUGCAAGGAUUUUAACUCUGGCGUUCAUUGCUUUCGAGGCUGCCUUGGUAUUUCGUCCACACGAGAUCACGAAUAUGAUAAUAUUGUAUCUCACAGGGUUUGGUGCUAUCUUGUUUUUGAUCUGGUCUGCGAUAAUGCUUCUUUUUUGCAAUCCAUUGCAAGACUUUCGAAGGCUACGAAGAGUAGCCGUCACGCGGAUAGAUGCAAAACCAGCAGUGAAAUAUGAGUGGGAAGCAUAUCCAACAGAACUCGGCUGGGAACGAGCUUCCUGGGUCCUUGAUCUCCUGGUCAAUCUCCGUGGUGUCGGGUGGAAUUACCAAAAGCCACGCUACCUCGUCCCACAAGACGUUCAAAAGUUAUACCAAGACAUCGGCAUCGAUGUAUCGUCCUUUAAACCCACAAGAGGCAACACACUCGACAUAUCAACAUUCUAUAAAACACAAAGUAUGCUCCUCGUCACCAGAUACCUCCUUGUCGAUCUUUGCAUCAAUCUCAUGGACAUCAAUCCCUUCUUCCAAGGUUCCGAACCACCACUAAACUGGAUCUUCCCUCUCUCACCUCGCAACUUGCUCCUAGCGCCCUACAAUGCUUUCCUCGCUGCCAUAGGUGUAUACGCUGUCCUAGACCUCUACGGGACAUGCGUAGCCCUCAUCCAAGCCAGUCUUCUCGGUCCCAAUAUCCUCGGCACCUGGGGAGAACCGUUCAUGUACCCACGCCUAUGGGGUCCUCUAUCCGCUAUCUGGGAUGAGGGGAUAAUCGGUUUCUGGUCCACAAUGUGGCACGACGUCUUCAAACACGCCUUCCUAACUCUUUCCCGCGCUCUAAUCCCCGGCUCAACCCGCACAUCUAAAUUCCUCCGUCUCAACACCAUCUUCGUCCUCUCUGCCCUCUGCCACGCCGCAGCGUCGUACAUGCAAGCCGCGCACACUUAUCCGAUUUUAACGUCCAUCUCGUUCGCUAGUCAAGGGCUCGCUAUCUCCCUUCAAUCGCUCAUCGUUUCAUUCCUAGAGAAAAGGGGAGUUAGUGAGGUGACGAGGAAAACGAUAGUGUUGGUCUUUGCGGUGGUGUGGGCUUAUUUUAGCAUGUAUAUGUUUUUGGGUGAUUUGGCUGCUUCGAGGGCUUUUACGUUGAAAUUGGUUCCGGUUAGUGUUUUUGGGUUGGUGAUGGGGAGGAGGUGGCCGGGGUGGUUGGGGAGUUGA